UACGUUGAAAUAUUGGUGGCGGAAGUCACUAACUCUGCUUCAGGGCAGCGGCUAGGGCGGCUAGAGAGCUAACCGGGAGUCCGCCGCUGCCACCUCAACAUGGAGUAGGAAGAGCUCAGCGUCCACUGCCGAUAAGCGGACCCUACAGAUAGGAAUACGCUACAUCCAUAACUCAUUAUACCCGCAAAUGAGACAUUCGUGGAGACGUUAGUAGCUGUUAAGGGAAUCACGGGGUUUAUAUGAAAGAUGGCGAACGACUCCCCAGCUAAAAGUCUUGUAGACAUCGACUUGGCUUCACUGCGGGACCCAGCCGGGAUAUUUGAAUUGGUGGAGGUGGUUGGAAAUGGCACCUACGGACAAGUAUACAAGGGACGACAUGUCAAGACUGGACAGCUGGCUGCCAUCAAGGUCAUGGAUGUCACAGAGGAUGAAGAGGAGGAAAUUAAACUGGAGAUUAAUAUGCUUAAGAAGUAUUCUCACCACAGAAACAUUGCCACCUACUAUGGCGCGUUUAUUAAAAAGAGUCCACCUGGACAUGACGAUCAGCUUUGGUUGGUGAUGGAGUUCUGUGGAGCUGGUUCCAUCACAGACCUAGUGAAGAACACCAAGGGGAACCAGCUCAAGGAAGAUUGGAUUGCCUACAUCUCCAGAGAAAUCCUCAGAGGUCUGGCUCACUUACAUGCCCACCACGUCAUCCACCGUGACAUCAAGGGCCAGAAUGUCCUGUUGACAGAAAAUGCUGAAGUCAAAUUAGUGGACUUUGGUGUAAGUGCCCAACUCGAUCGAACCGUGGGCAGGAGAAACACCUUCAUUGGUACUCCCUAUUGGAUGGCCCCUGAAGUCAUCGCCUGUGAUGAGAAUCCAGAUGCGACAUACGACUACCGAAGUGACCUGUGGUCUUGCGGCAUUACUGCAAUUGAGAUGGCUGAAGGAGCGCCACCGCUUUGUGACAUGCAUCCUAUGCGAGCACUCUUCCUGAUUCCAAGGAACCCGCCUCCAAGACUUAAAUCCAAAAAAUGGUCCAAAAAGUUUUUCAGCUUCAUUGAAAGCUGUCUGGUGAAGAACUACACGCAGCGACCCCCAACCGAACAGUUGCUCAAACAUCCCUUCAUUCGUGACCAACCCAAUGAGAGGCAGGUCCGAAUUCAGUUGAAAGAUCACAUCGAUCGCACGAAGAAGAAAAGGGGCGAGAAAGAUGAGACUGAGUAUGAGUACAGUGGCAGUGAGGAGGAAGAAGAGGAUCCAGCGGAGCAGGAGGGAGAACCAAGCUCCAUUGUUAAUGUGCCGGGUGAGUCAACGCUGCGCCGAGACUUCAUCCGCCUCCAGCAGGAGAACAAGGAGAGGUCGGAGGCGCUGCGCCGUCAGCAACUGCUGCAGGAGCAGCAGCUUCGUGAACAGGAGGAAUACAAGCGCCAACUACUGGCCGAGAGGCAGAAGCGUAUUGAGCAGCAGAAGGAGCAGAGGCGGCGCCUCGAGGAGCAACAAAGACGUGAACGCGAAAUGAGACGGCAACAGGAGCGUGAUCAGCGUCGGCGGGAGCAAGAGGAGAAGAGACGCGUUGAGGAAAUGGAUCGCAGGCGAAAAGAGGAGGAGGAACGCAGACGGGCUGAGGAUGAGAAAAGAAGGAAUGAUCGUGAGCAGGAGUACAUCCGGCGGCAGCUCGAGGAGGAGCAGAGACAUUUGGAGAUGCUACAGGAACAGCUACUGCGUGAACAGGCUAUGUUACUGGAGUUCAAGUGGCGCGAGUUGGAGGAGCAGCGCAAGGCUGAGCGGCUUCACAAGCGGCUGCAGCAGGAGCAGCUGCGGUCACUCCAGCAUGCAUCCCGGCAGCAGCUUGAUAAUAAGGCCAAACUCCCCUCAGACCUUAGCAAACCUCCGCCGAUGACAUCGCCCCCCGACAGAACCCUUACCCUGCCCCCACAAGCGGUGGUACUCAACAGUGCUGUUGCAACACUGAGAGGAACCUCUGAGAACUCUGGAACACCACCGGCAUUUCACCCUGACAGUGUUGAAGCUCAGGCAGCACUGUCAGAGAAAAGUGACCCUGAUGAGAACAUCAGCCAGAGUUUGGCCUCCUGUAGUCCCAUCUCCCCUCAGGCUGAACCUUCCAUUCACUCCGCACCUCCCCAAGGAGAAUAUACUGAGCCUGAUAGACCGCUCAAUCCUCCUCCUCAGCCUGUCAGAGAGGCUGAUGAACGAUACCGUAAAAACAUUCAGGGCUCUCCUCAGGCCGCCCCUCCUUCCAAGCAGCCUCCUCUUCCCCCUCGCUCUGCUGAACCCUUCUCAAACGGUAGCAGCUCGUCCGACGCCACUGCCAUGCACCGGCCCAUGGAGCCUCAGGUCCAGUGGUCCCACCUUGCUGCUCUAAAGAGCAGUAACAGCGCUGCCCCCUCUCCUCCUCCUCCGACCGUGGUCGCUCGCUCCCAGUCCUUCAGUGAGCCCGGUGCUGUUACUACUAGCUUUGCACAACUCCACCUGCGUUCCCAGGAUCCCCACUAUCAUCACCCAUUGCCUGCACGCACUGACCCCCAGCCCCAACCUCCCCUUCACCAUCCUCAGGUCCAGCCCGGUGACGAAGUGCCACCCAAGGUACCUGUGAGAACGACGUCCCGUUCACCGGUCCUCUCACGCCGGGAGUCUCCGCUGCCAUUGCAGCCUGGUGGCCAAAGGAACGCGGCUGGUAAUGUGGAGCAGCGCCCCCUGUGGGACCGCGUCGAGAAGCUGCAGCCUCGGCCUGGGAGCGGGAGUUCGUCUGGCUCCUCCAACUCCAGCUCCCAGGCCAGUCCUGGAGACCGCUUCAGGCCACGCUCAUCCUCCAAAUCUGAAGGAUCGCCUCUCCAGCGCCCUGAGAAUGUUCCCAAAAAAACUGAUGAAAAGAAUUUUGCCAGGCCUACUCGACCUGCUGACUUGACAGCCCUUGCUAAGGAACUUCGUGCAGUGGACGAUGUACGGCCUCCCCACAAGGUGACUGACUACUCGUCCUCAAGUGAAGAGUCCGGCACCACUGAUGAGGACGACGAUGAGGAAGUAGACCAGGAGGCGGGUGAAGAGUCUACCUCGGGGGCAGAGGACUCCCGUUCUGGAUCUUCUCACGGCUUCCACAGGAGGCUGAGCAAUGGUGAGACCGGAUCUGCCAAAACUAUGCUGGUUGAAGACUCUGAGAGCAAUCAGGCCACCACACCCUCGAAGGAUGGCACAUUGGUCAUCAGACAGAGCACCGCUGACAUUAAGCGGUUGGUCAGUCUCUCCUCCUCUUCCCCCGCCGGUUCCUCUCACGGCCAACACCAACCAUCCAUCCACAGCCUACAAGAGAAAAAUGGCUUCACUGGUUUCAUUCACCACUUACCAGACCUUAUCCAACAGAGCCAUCACUCCCCUUCCUCUUCCACAUCAAUGCUUUCCUCCUCCUCCUCAUCAUCAUCAUCAUCAUCACCACUUAGUCUGGCCAUGUCCCCACUGAAUCCCCUGGACAAGCUUGUUGCCAUCGAGAGCCAGUCCGAGAGUAAUUCCAUGUCCAAACAUAAGUCGUCGUCCUCCUUCACUCCCUUCAUCGAUCCUCGCUUGCUCCAGAUUUCCCCAUCAAGCGGAAGCUCACUCAACAACAUGGCUGGAUUUGGGCAGGACGUACGUCUAGCGGACCCACUGAGGUCUGACCCGUCUCGCAAAGGCUCGGUGGUCAAUGUCAACCCUGUCAACACACGCCCGCCAAGUGACACACCAGAGAUCCGCAAAUAUAAAAAGCGCUUCAACUCGGAGAUCCUGUGCGCAGCCCUUUGGGGGGUCAAUCUGCUGGUGGGGACCGAGAGCGGUCUGAUGCUGUUGGACCGCAGCGGUCAGGGUAAGGUCUACCCGCUGAUCAACCGGCGACGUAUCCAACAGAUGGAUGUCCUUGAGGGUCUCAACGUUCUGGUUACCAUUUCAGGCAAAAAGAACAAGCUGCGAGUGUAUUACCUGUCCUGGCUGCGGAACAAGAUUCUGCAUAAUGACCCAGAGGUGGAGAAGAAGCAAGGUUGGGUUAAUGUGGGUGACCUGGAAGGCUGUGUCCACUACAAAGUCGUGAAAUACGAGAGGAUUAAAUUCUUGGUGCUGGCCUUAAAGAACUCGGUGGAGGUUUACGCUUGGGCGCCGAAACCGUACCACAAGUUCAUGGCCUUCAAGUCAUUUGGUGACUUGGUGCACAAGCCUCUGCUGGUGGACCUGACCGUAGAGGAAGGUCAGAGGUUAAAGGUCAUCUAUGGCUCCUGCUCAGGCUUCCAUGCUGUGGAUGUGGACUCGGGCGCAGUCUACGACAUCUACCUACCCACUCACAUCCAGACCAGCAUUCAGUGCCACGCCAUUAUCAUCCUGCCCAACACCGAUGGAAUAGAGCUGCUCGUCUGCUACGAGGACGAGGGCGUCUACGUUAACACGUACGGGCGCAUCACCAAGGACGUGGUGCUGCAGUGGGGGGAAAUGCCGACUUCAGUGGCCUACAUUAGGUCGAACCAGAUCAUGGGCUGGGGUGAAAAGGCCAUCGAGAUCCGCUCAGUGGAAACCGGCCACCUGGAUGGCGUCUUUAUGCACAAGCGAGCCCAGAGACUCAAGUUCCUCUGUGAGAGGAAUGACAAGGUGCGUCCCGUGUCAAUUGGAAUUCCGCCGUGCCUCGGCAGAGGAAUCCAUAUUGCGGCCUUUGUCCCGCAGGUCUUCUUUGCUUCCGUGCGGGCUGGAGGUGCCAGCCAGGUGUACUUCAUGACCUUGGGACGCACUUCCCUCAUGAGCUGGUAGUCGACAUGCCAGGACAGCGACGCGGCGACCAACAAAUGACUACUGUGACGAUGAAGAUGCUUGUGCUCUCAUACACGUCUUGUCGUCAUGAAUAGCCAGCGGUGAGCGGGGUGUUACGUUUUUUUUUUUUUUUGGGCCAAGUGUGGGUGGCGGUGUGUGUGCGUGCUAGUUAAACGAUAUUCCGACCGAAUUUCCCUUGAGUCUCCUACCCUCAACUUUAAUGGAAUCCAUCUUUCUGUACCUUGCAUCCUGUGUGUGUGCGCAAGGUCAGUGCAGGACAACACUGAGCAUGUCCACGACUGGGGAGCAACCGUACGCACACACGCGCACACACGCCACUGGUUUGUUGCCGAUUUAGUUCAUGUGACACAAGCUCCUCCUCCCUCCUCCUUCUCCUCCUCCCACUCAGUGGCUCACCAAACACUCGUAUGCCUUCUUGAAUAUACUUUGAAGGACCUUGGUGAUAGUGACAGGGUACAGGAUUAUCAGCUCCGAGAGUUUCCAAGCAUGCCCCCAAGCAAAUUGCAUUGGUCCAAAGUUGCUCAGUCAGCCCAAUAGUUCAGUCUUCUCACACACUCACACACUGUCUAGUUUUAUUUGAUUGCCGCACGUGAAUAGAGGGAGAUAAGAUCCAUCAUCAUCGCAAGGAAGGAGACCCACGUUUCUAUGAACCAAUACGUGGGUUGUUCGGGACGAGGCGUAAACUGUGAAUUAGAUUGACAGAGUCAGCCGUUGAUUUACAAGUGACCGCAAUAGAACAAAGCUUGUGUGCGUGAGAUCUGACAGGAUGUGAGUGCCACUGUAGCUCAUAUGAUUUCCGGUUGCCUUAAGUAACGUCUCUACUCAAAAACAACUGCUGAAAAUCCUUUGCCGGUUCUAUGAAGCAAAACAAAACAAAAGUUGAAGGAAGGCUUUAGUCAGAACCAGUGACCGGAGACAUCAUGGACCUUGUUUGAAUAUUUUUGAGCGUAGUCUUUUUUCUUUAUUUCCCCACUCCCAUGUUAUAAAAUAUGACACCGCUGCUGUCAUUUAUCACUUCACGUCACAUUUUGCAGCUGUUGAUGUACAAAAAAGAUCAACAUCCAGUUCCAUCUCGCCCACCUAAACUUCAGCCCAUCUGUGAAAAUAGGAGGCCAGAAUUGCAGCAGUGUCGCAAAGAAAUGUUACAAAGAUGGCACAAAAGUGGCAUAUUUUUUAACCUGGGCUUACUUUUUAGUCUUUAUCAUGAGAUCCUUUCAGAUAACUAUGCGACUGCUGUGUUUUUUUUUAAUAGUAAUGCACACAUUAUGUGGAAAAUGUUUACAGAAGUCAUUGUUUUGUCAAACCAAUGUGGAUCAAUAUUAAUAUUUAUGGAUAAUUUGCUGGCAGUUGUACUGUUUUUUGUAUUUUGUAUUCCUUUUUGUACUAUCAUUUAGAAUUUCAUGUACAGGAUAAAUGAAACUGCUCACAUGAUGAAUGACAAAUUCAGACUUCACUGAUUCUUCCGCAUCCUGCUCAGUGUCCCUCUGGGCAGUGUGGAUUAAUCCCCCCUCCCCCCACUUCUUUCAUUUGCCUCUAUAAUUUAUGUCCUUUGUCUGUACUAUGGGAAUCACUGUUACUUCCCGAAGGUCCUUUCCAUUGAAUAAACUGAAAUUUACAUUGA